UUUCCGUACUGCAACAGGUUCUGAUUUGCAGGUCCGGUCAGCUCCGUUCGUGUUUGCCUUUGCCUGUUGGCGAUCGUUUUUUCGUUCAAUCUGGAGUUGAAAGUCUCAGCCCCGCUUCGCGGUCAAGCUGCGAUACACUCCUGAUCGCAGCCUCCAAGGAAACAAAACUCCUGGGAAAUGCCAUAUAAGCUCGGAAGCAUUACCAUGCCCGAAUUGAACAAGAAGUUCUUCAGGCAGAUAUAUCUAUCCUUUUAAUUUGAUUUAUUUUCCUGAGAUUGAAACCCGAUGCUGCAGGUAAUGGAAUGGCCUUUUCGGAAACCCUGGAGCCACAAAUGGGAUUCGGUCUCGGAAAACGAGGCGCGAGUCAGCUUGAGAGAGGAUUUGCAUCAGUUGUAUUUUGAUGAAAUCUAGCUACCAAGCGGGAAGAAACACGGCACUCUACUAGGAGUAAAACCAAAGGUCCAACAUUCUCCGGCAUGCUCAUGCAAGUGCGCUCUCUGGAAACUUGGAUUGCCCUGGGGAGGAGUUUUUGGGGGGGGAGGGGGGGGGAGGGGGGUGAUUGGUAACAGCCCAUCCCAACACCCCUCGCCCUUGAUAAUUCUUCCCUCCACUCCUUUCAAAACGAGAGAGUUUAAAUUAAACGGUACCUGGGCCACAAAAUGAAUGGGCGAAAAUCCAUAGUCGCAAGGCAGGGGUGAUGUGAUGGGUGCGUUGAAACGAAUAUGUGAAGUGUGAAUAAAAUACCGUGAGGAACAUUAGAAGAGUCUAGCUAUCGACAUGGAGGAUUAAAGCCAUGAUCAGAUCUCAGAACCAAGGAACGACUGGAGUAUGCUGCAGGGCCCCGGACUGCGCUAUCGCGUCGCGCAUAACAGAUAUCGUCAAGAUCGAAUUAGGCAUGCUGGCCGAGAGGACAGGAAAGAAGGUAGAAAGAGGGGGUUUUCAUUCUGUUCUGGCAGAUUUGGACGGCAGUUGGAGAACAAGGUAGGCAUUAUAAGUUGAAAGAAACAAAAGCCAAAAGAGCUAUCUGGACAAAGACAAUAAUCAUAUCAACGCAUGUAAAAUAGACGGGACAUUCUGGGUAUUCAUUCGGAUUUGGGAAAAUGCCCGUUAAUCACCACCAUCAUCCACGGCCGGUUGGGGAUUUGGUCCCCCUGGAGAUACUCUAUCAAACUGUGGUACUGGUGCGGGCAAAGUUCUUGAGAGGGCAACGCCUUGGACAUGUCGCGGAAAACGCCAUAUUCGGUCAGGCAUACUUUGGGGUCGAGCCUUCGCACAAGGGUAAGCAGGGUCCAUGAGAUAUCGGUGCGUGGAAAGUCAAUGGUUCAUCUGUCAAUGGGGCCGUGAGCCUCAACUUCUCCUCCACCAGUGGUAACUUGGGGGCCAGAAUCUAGAGGAUAUAUGUAGAGUAAAUAGAUUUACACGCAACUGAAAGAAGCCCCCGCAUGACUUGAGCCAAAGCAAGAAGAUACCACGUACUUGAAGGGACGAACCUGGUUGAAAUCAUGUCUUUUAUCGAUUGUCUCUCCUGUCUCCCCCUUCAUUUCUGCCCUCUUUCUCCCCCAUGUUACUUUGAUUAUUGUUCAUAUUCAUAUUCCUUUUAUGGCAGCUGCAUAGAUCAGGACACCAGAACCAGAAAAAGGCGGGCGGCCAUGGGUUCUCCCUGUUUUGCAACAAGCAUGUCCUAAAGCAGGGGGUCGCUGUAUGGCCUUGCGAGGUCCUUCACCUCCCACGUUUCGGUGCAUUUUCCGCCAUGAAUAUAGGGUAUGUAUACUCGGUACUGGCUUCUUUGUUUGUUUAUAACUGUCCAUCACCGGGGUUUGAUCGACCAGUUUGCCUGUUGAUAGAGUGGUUUUUGGACAAUGUGGGGCUCUGUAAUCCUGCCAUAGGCUCUAGACAUAUAGGGACACGGACUUUACAUGUACAGUACAUGAGGAAAAUGC